AUGGAUGUGAAAUCUUCUUUCUUGAAUGGUGUUCUUGAGGAAGAAGUAUAUCCCUAUAAGCAUACACUAUACAUCAAAUUCAAUUCUGGUGGAGAUAUUCUCAUCGUGUGUUUAUACGUGGAUGACUUAAUAUUUACCGGCAAUAAUCCCAAACUAAUUUCUGAAUUUAGGGAGGCCAUGAUUAGACAGUUUGAGAUGACUGAUUUGGGACUAAUGUCUUAUUUCCUCGGCAUUGAAGUUUCUCAAUUGGAAGGUGAAAUUUUUAUCUCUCAGAAAAAAUAUGUUGGUGAUAUUUUGAAAAGAUUUAAUAUGGACAAAGCCAAGCCAAUUCUGGUCCCUGUUGAAGAAAAAUUGAAGUUAACUAAAAAUGGAACUGGUGAUUUUGUUGAUGCUACAUAUUUUAGAAAAUUGGUAGGGAGUCUAAGGUACUUGACUUCUAUAAGACCUGACAUUACUUAUGGAGUUAGAUUAAUUAGCAGAUUUAUGGAGUCGCCUCGUCAAUCACACUUGCAAGCAGCUAAAAUAAUUUUGAGAUAUAUUCAAGGUACGCAAUCUGAUGGCAUAUUUUAUUCAAAGACUAAUGAUAGUAGUCUCGUUGGAUUUACAGACAGUGAUUGGGCUGGUGAUAUGAUGCAAAGAAAAAGUACUUCUGGAUAUGCAUUUUAUUUGGGGUCUGGUGUAUUUUCUUGGUCUUCAAAAAAGCAACAAGUUGUUGCUUUGUCAACAACUGAAGCAGAGUACAUGGCUGCAACAAGUAGUGCUAGACAAGCAUUAUGGUCGAGAAGGAUGCUUGGAUUUCUUCAACACAAGCAAGAUAGUCCUACAAAAAUAUUUUGA